AUGAGUAGGGCAACGAGCAAGGCUUGGAUUGCGGCUGCUAGUGUCGGAGCCGUGGAGGCUUUGAAGGACCAGUUGGGUGUGUGCAGGUGGAAUCAUGGUUUGAGGUGUGUUCAGCAGCAUAUGAAAAACCAUGUCAGGUCCUUCUCUCAAGCAAAGAAUGUUUCUUCUUCAUCUGCAGUUGCUGCAAGCAAGCUAAAGGGUGAGAAGGCCAAGCAAGCUGAAGAGUCCUUCAGGACUGUUCUCAAGAAUAUUGAGAGGAUCACUGUAAGAUCUACUUCAUUAGAAAUGAGUGCACCCAAAAGAACUUGGACUGUGGCUGUUACUGUUGGAGUUGUGGAGACUUUGAAGGACCAGGGUCUCUGCAGAUGGAAUUCUGGUUUCAAGUCAGCUCAGCAAAGCGUGAAAAGCCAUGUUAGAUCGUUGUCACAGGCAAAGAAACUUUCUUCUGCAUCUUCAGCUAUGGUUUCUGGCAGAAUGCAUGAAGAGAAGGCUGAAGAAUCCUUGAGGAGUGUCAUGUACUUGAGUUGCUGGGGUCCCAACUGA